GGCCCUGCGCCCUGGAAGCCCAGCCCGCAGCCGCUGUGGGCGCCGCGCCGACUGACGCCCCCUGCCGGCCGGCCGGGCUCCCGCGCUCGCCGGCCCGCGCCCAACGCUCGGCUCGAGGGACGCCCGCGGCCGGAUGCCCUGCGCCCGCAGCCUCCUCGGCCUCCUGGCGGCCCUGGCGGCCUGCGGCGCCGCCGCCUUCCUGGGCUACUGCGUGUACUUCGACUGGAGGCGGCGCGGCGACCCCGCCUUCAAGCGCCGCCUGCGGGACAAAAGAAGAGCUCAGCCCCCGAAGGCGGCCGCACCUGGCGCCCAGCUGUGGGAUCCAGCAAGGAAUGAAAAGUUGCAGGAACUUUUUCUGCAAGAAGUACGAAUGGGAGAGCUUUGUCUAUCUAGAGUUAGUGCCCCAGGUUAUGUUGCAGUCUUGGAAGUGCCGAUGGAGAAGCAAAGCCAAAUGCCAGAACACCUCAUCUAUCACCAGGAGAGCACAGUAUGGGGGCUGAACAUCUCAGCAAUGCCAUUUCAAUGUCUGGGCAACCACGGGAACUUCUGAAGGUUUUUAAACGCACACUCCCUCCCAAGGUAUUUGAGAUGCUGUUACACAAAAUUCCCCUUAUUUGCCAGGUAAGCACUUAUUUAUCUUUGUAAAAUGGGCAGAAUAAACAAAUUUGGCUUGAAUACAUAGAAAUAGCAAAGUAGAUGUGUCAAUGGUCCAAAGUUUUAAAUGAGUAAAAUCUGAUUUUUUUUUUUUUUUUGCCUUUCUUGCCUUAAGGUGAAACAAGCUAAUUCUUUCAUGUUCCUUUGACUAUAAUGUAUUGUAUAUUUUAUUGAGAAUUAUGUUUCAGCAUUUCAAUUUUAAAGGUAGCAUUGUUAACAUUUUAUUUGUCUUUGUACUUUCAAAGAUACCACAAUUAUUGACCUACUGUAAUGUCCAUGGAGUCCUUUAAGUUAAAUGGUAUUUGUUAUUUAAAUGACCUAGUGGCUUAAAAAUUAGAUGUAACAUAGAAAACAGUAAAUUAUCAAAGCAGCACACUUCAACUUUCCAUUAGUAUGACAAAACAUAGAUAUCACAUUGGUAAGUUUAAACAUAUAGACUAAUCAGUGUUUUCUAAUGUAUAAAUUGAGAUUGAUAUCAAAUGAAAUUCUUUCAGAAGCUAAUUAUUAAUAGGUAUUAGUCCACUUACAUUUACCAAGCUGCUUGAUAUGUUUAUGGAUCAAUUAGAAUUUCCUAAAAAUGCUUGGAUUUUAGGACUAGCCAUAAGACACUACUUUUAAUUUUGGCUCACCCUUUAUUACACCGAUCACAUCGCGGCUGAGAAUACACUAUGUGUCGUUGGUCUGACUCAGAAUCAUUCAGGUUGGACUCUCAGCCUUCGAACAAAACACACAUUCCACUAGAGCCUAACACUCAACUCACAUAUCCCCAAGCUCGUCUCAGAUGGUUUGUUUCCUGAAAAUACAUGGAAAUGUAGUUAGGAUAGGAAUGUGUAAUGCCCUGUCUGACACUGGAGAGGGGCAAGAAAAGGAUCGUGCAUUGAAAUGAUUAGUAACUAUUUUGUGUUUACCAGCAAUUUGAGGCAGACAUGAAUGAACAGGAAUGCUUGGAAGAUGACACUGAUUGAAAAACACUUCAACGUAUCCACAGUCCAGUGAGAGUACUAUAGUAUGAUAUAGCAUGAACAACUGCGCAGUGAUAUUUCCAUUUAUUUAACUUUUAGAAAUAAAAAAACUUUCUAUCU